AUGGGUUUGGUAGACUACUCCGAAUCAUCAGGGUCGGAGGACGAAGCGCCUCCCCAGCCCACCGUCGCGAGACCCGUCGCCGGCACCACUGCGAAGAAGCCAUUCCAGAAAGUCGUCGACCGAUCGAACCCAGGCAAGAUCGUCGUUAACCUGCCAUCCGCAAAACUCGAAGAACCCCCAGCCUCGAUCGACGAGCCCCCGGCGAAGAGAGCGCGUACCGCAGGAGGCGGCCGCUUCAGCGGUUUCAACUCGUUCCUGCCCCCACCCAAGAACGCGGCCAAGACAACACCUGCGCAGAGCAGCAGCAGCAGCAGCAGCAGCUCGUCACGCCCCGUGUUCCAGCUCAAGACCGGGGCCGAACCUGGAUUCAGUCGCGAUCGAGGCGAUGGCGCCGGAUCUUCAGGCGAUGGAGGCCUCAACCUACCGGCCCCCAAGGCUGCCGCGCAGCCGUCGAUACCGCAGGGCAUGAAGCCGGAGGAGGAAGUGAAGCUGGUUGGCAAGCCCAUGAUGUUCCGACCCCUCUCCGUCGCCCGCAAGCCCAAGAAGAAGACAGCGUCCUCCGUCACUCCAUCCGCUUCCAAGAUCGAGCCCGCAAAGGCCCCAGAACCGGCGCCAAAAGAAGUUCUCACACCCGCGCCUGCGCCAGCACCAAAGAAAGUGUCCCUCUUCUCGAUAGAACCAGAAGAGACACUAACGGACCCCACACCAAUACCCAGCGGCGGCGGCGCCUACGAGCCCCUUUUCGAAACCCAACAAGACGAGUCAAACGGCUACGCAGACUACGCUUCGCAAAUGAACUACCCGGCCCCCUCCACAGCCCCCACAGACUCAAACUCGCUCGACAACAUCGCCGACGACCUGAACCUCUCCGCCGCGGCACGUCGCGAGCUCUUCGGCCGGCAAAAGGGGGGAGCAAACCCGCAGACGGCGUCCAGGGUCAUCAACUUCAACACGGACGAGGAGUACAAGCACAACGAGGAGCUCCGCGCCGCCGGCCAGCAGCAGAUUCACAACCCCGUGCGCUCCAUUGCGCCGGGCAAGCACAGCCUGCGCCAGCUCGUCAACCAGGUGCAGACCCAGCGCGAGGCGCUCGAGGAGAGUUUCGCAAAGGGGAAGAGCAACAGGAAGGAGGCGUCGAGCCGCUACGGUAACGACAGGCGCAGUUCGGCCGUUGCCAACACCGCCGGGGCCCAUGAGGAAACCCCACUCGCCUCUGGUGAUGGGCGAGAUGUCAUCAUACCCGUUGGGCGUCAUCGGGCCCAGCCUCUGUCUGUCCUCGACGGAGCGGUCCUCGUGAAGAACCUCUGCAAUCGACACGGGGCUCCAGACGGACACGUUGGGCUGACGCUCCGGCCGCGCCGUCAACUCCUCUUCGGAGACCUCGUCCGCCUCGACCAUCGGCGGCGACGGCUUGGUGUCGAAGUUGGUCUGCAGCUUCAGCACGGGGCCCUUGGGCGAAGGCGGCUUGCCAAUCUUGAUGGUGGCCAUGGCCGCGGCCAUGGUCUCCUCGACGUCCCUCUCGAGCUCCCUCAUGGUCUCCUCGACGUGCGCCUUGGAGCCGACGCCCUCGAUGGCGCCGACGCGGUCAGGGCCGCCGUACGCCCUGCGGUACAUCUUGUCGACGUCGGCGAGGGCGGCGUCGCUGACGCUGAGGAAGUCAUAGGAGCGGAGGAGGUCGGACUUGGAGACCUUCUUGCCGGCGCGGGAGAGGAUGAGGCGGCGCAGCUCGUCGACGGCGUCUUCCAGCCUGAGCGGGGCGUUGGUGCGGGAGUAGCUGGAGAGGGCUGCCUUGAAGGUGUAGAGGCGGUCGAGGGAGACGAGGGUGAGGCCCUCGGAGGCGAAGAGGACUUCGUUUUGGACGAUGGAGCGACGGAUGAGGCUGGAGGUCAUGCCGCAGGCGGAGCCGUCGACGACUGGAGGGAGCCAUUCAGAGCUGUGUGUGUGUUAGUGGGAUAUUUGGGUGGGAGAUGA